AGCAGCAGCAGCAGCAUGCCGCCGAAGCGCGGGCGGGGGAGAGGCCGGGGCCGGGGCCGGGGGCGGGGGCGCGGGAGGCGGCGCAAGGUCACGUACGCGGACGAGGGGAGCGGCGGAGGGACUGACGACGACCUAGGUCUGCCGGACCUCCCUUCCGCAUCCACCGCCCAGACCACGCGCGGCCGCGGCCGCGGACGACGGCCCGCUGUGGAGUCGGAGGAGGGCGAUGACGCGAUGGAGGUCAGCGAGGAGUUGCCGCCCCCUUCUGAUGUGGAGAACGGCGUGGAGAAGGGCAACAAAGACAUGGAGAUGCCACCGCAGGAUUCUGCCGAGGACAAAGACACAGAAGGGGGAACUGAGAACUCAAGACCAGCAAGAAAGCGUAGGAGAGAUUCUGUUGCUGACCCCUCUUCACUUGAGCCUAGGCCUGCGCGAGUUAGGAAGACGCUGAAUCCUGCACCCAAGGAUACAAAAAAGAGAGAUGGAACUUCAAACAUGUGUCAUCAAUGCCAGAGGAAUGACAAUGGAAGAGUCGUGCGUUGUCUGGGCUGCAAAGAAUAUAUGAGGAGAUACUGCAUGCUCUGCAUAAAUCGCUGGUAUCCGCAUUUAACAGAAGAUGACUUUGUGAAUAGUUGUCCAUUUUGUCGCAAUAAUUGCAACUGCAAGACUUGUCUGCGGAAAAACAUAAUAAGCAAGGUUGACAAAUGGAAAGUAUCCCGUGAAGAUAAAAUUAAAUUCUCUCAUCGAACUAUACACUUUCUGCUCCCAUGGCUGAAAGACUUCCACCACGAGCAGAUGCAAGAGAAAAUUGUUGAGGCAACAAUUAAAGGCAUUGAUGCAUGCGAAGUGAAGGUUCCACAAGCUAAUUGUGCAAAAAAUGAAAGGAUAUUCUGUAACAACUGCAGAACAUCUAUAGUUGACUUCCACAGAAGCUGUGAUAAAUGUUCCUAUGAUAUCUGCCUCAUUUGCUGCCGGGAGCUUCGUCUUGGGCGCUGUCCUGGUGGUGCUGCUGCAAGUAACAUGGUCCUUACACAACCUGAGGUAGAAGGCAAGGAAGAUUUGCAACAGACACGUAGUGAUGAUAACGCUGUGAGUCAAAAGAUUCCUGAUGGACAGAAUGGCCUGUUGAGGAACAGUGCAGUUCCUGUUGAGGAUAGUGCUGCUGUUGCAAGUAGCACGGUCCUUACACAACCUGAGGUAGAAGGCAAGGAAGAUUUGCAACAGACAAGUAGUGAUGAUAACUCUGUGAGUCAAAAGCUUUCUGAUGGACAGAGUGAUGUGUUGAUGGACAAUGCAGUUCCUGUUGAGGAUAGUGCUGCUUUGAGUCGAUGGAUGGUAAAUAGCAAUGGAAGCAUACCUUGCCCGCCAGUUACAUUUGGUGGUUGUGGAGAUUCUGUUCUUGAACUUAAGUCAUUGUUGGAGGAAAAUGCUGUUUCUGACUUAUUGGAGAUGGCCAAUGCAGAGGGCAACAAUGAAAGAGUGCUGGAGGUGGGAGGGUCAAAAUGUUCUUGUGUCACUGACUCUGGUGAUGCGACAUCACAGAAAUUGGCUUGUAGAGAGAACUCGAGUGACAACUACAUAUAUUGCCCAAAUGCUAGAGAUGUUCAAAGUGGAGCUUUAGAUCAUUUCCAGGAGCACUGGUUGAAGGGUGAGCCUGUUAUUGUUCGUGACGUGCUUGCAUUAACUUCUGGGUUGAGCUGGGAACCAAUGGUUAUGUGGCGAGCUGUACGAGAAAAGAAAGAAAAGAAUGAACGUGAGCGGCUAUGUGUUACAGCUCUUGAGUGCCUGUCAUGGGUUGAGGUUGAGGUGAACACUCACUUCUUUUUUGAUGGGUAUUCUCGUGGGGCUGUUGGUCCAGAGGGUUUGCCCUUGUUACUCAAGCUUAAAGAUUGGCCACAACACAGCUCAUUUGAGGAGCGAUUGCCACGGCAUGGUGCCGAGUUCAUAUCUGCUUUGCCAUUUCGUGAAUAUACAGAUCAUAAAUCUGGUCCUCUUAAUCUGGCAGUGAAGCUACCACCUGAUGUCAUAAAGCCAGAUCUUGGUCCAAAGACUUACAUUGCGUAUGGUGUUGCUCAGGAGUUAGGAAUUGGUGAUUCGGUCACCAAGAUUCAUUGCGACAUGUCUGAUGCGGUCAAUAUCCUAACACAUACUGAUGAAAUAAAGCUCAAAGCAGAAAGGAUUACAGCUAUUGAGAAAAAGAAAGAGAGUUUGGCCAGAAAAGAUGACAGAAAUCUUCAAGCUUCACAAAUAGAUCCUGACCGUGACAUGUCGAUAGCUGAAUUAAUCAAGGUGCCGAGACCUGAAGGAAUUGAAGAUGGCUCAGUCAUUAAGCAGCCACUAUCUGAUGCUCUUUUAGAUGAGCGGGAUGGGGCUCACCAAGAUGUGGUAGCAGAUGAAGCUGAGGGAAACUUGACUCUGAAUGGGCGAGUGGCCAUUGAAGGUGAAGGGGUUCACAAAGAUGUGGUAGCUGAUGAAGCUGAGGGAAACUUGACCGUGAAUGGGCGAUCAUCCAUUGAAGGUGAUGUGGAUCAUACAGAUCUUUCCAUUUCUAAGGAGAUUGAAGAAGGCACAGUUAAGGAGAGGGAGGGUGAGGGUAGUCCUUUCAGCCGUGAAGAUAAAAGUGCAUCUCCAGAUAAUACAGAUGUAACAUGUGAACCUACUGGUCAUCAAACACGACCCAGACGAAGUGCCACUCGUUAUUCUAAUUUAUCAGAGAGAAAAAAGAAAGGAAGCACAGGGAGAAAAAAGAAAGAGAGAAAAAAGAAAGGAAGCACAGAAGAUGAGAUGUCUGAACUUCCCAUAUAUCUUGAGCCAAAAGACGAUGGUCUCCCAUUUGCAGACGAAAAUCAACCAGAGGGUGGUGCAUUGUGGGAUAUAUUCCGCCGGGAAGACGCCAGUAAACUGCAUGAGUAUCUAACAAAGCAUUCAGAGGAGUUUAGGCAUUACAACUAUGAAUCAGUAAAGCAGGUUAUUCAUCCUAUACAUGACCAGUGCUUUUACCUAACAAAUGAGCACAAGAGAAAGCUUAAGGAAGAAUAUGGAGUUGAGCCUUGGACAUUUGAACAGAAGCUUGGUGAUGCAGUCUUUAUUCCUGCAGGAUGUCCCCACCAAGUCAGAAAUUUGAAGUCAUGUAUAAAGGUUGCACUUGACUUUGUUUCUCCGGAAAAUUUACAAGAGUGUAUCAGGCUGACAGAAGAGUUUCGUCUGCUUCCAAAAGGGCAUAGAGUGAGUGAAGAUAAGCUAGAGGUUAAGAAGAUAGCUUUUCAUGCAAUCAAGAAAGCCAUUCAUUAUAUCAAGAAAAAACCUGAGGAUAAAAGCUCUGAUGACGAAGUUCAAGAUAAACCUGUUCCAAGAAAAAGGAAACCUGGUCCGAAAAAGGGAAAACUUGGUCGUCCGAAAAAAGGGAAAACUGGCCCAGUUGAACCUGCAGAACCAGAGGAGCACGAAGAACAAUCAGCUCAGGAAAUGUCCCCAGUUGAAGAUGAAGGUGCAGAAAUGGAGGCGGACCAGGGGCAAUCGGCUCUGGACAUGUGUGAAGCGAAACCUGGCACAAGUGUCCGGUGUGGUUCGAGAAAAAGAAAACCUGGUAGUCUGAAAAAAGGAGAACCUGGCUGUGCGAAAAAAGGGAGACCUGGUCGUUCAAAAAAGGGAAAACCUGGUCCAAACGAACCUGCAGAACCAGAGGAACAAGACGAAGGUGCAGAAAUGGAGGUGGACCAAGGGCAAUCAGCUUUGGACAUGUCUGAAGGGAAAGAUCGAGCUGCUGAAAUGGAGCAACAAGAAGAGUCAGCUCUGGGCAUGUCUGAACCUAAAGAUGAACCUACAGAAAUGGAGGAGCACCAGGAAGAGUCGGCUCAGGGCAUGUCUGAACCUAAAGAUGAGCCUGCAGAAAUGGAGGAGCAACAGGAACGGUCAGCUCUGGACAUGACUGAAGCCGAAGACAAACCUGCGGAGAUAGUGGAGCACCUGGAAGAGUCAGCUCUGGACAUGACUGAAGCUGAAGACAAACCUGCAGAGAUGAAGGAGCACCAGGACCGGUCAGCUCAGGACAUGACUGAAGCCAAAGACAAGCCUGCAGAGAUGGAGGUUCACCAAGAACAGCCAGCUCUAGAUAUGUCUGUAGAUGAAGACGGGCUUGCAGAAAUGAAGGGGCACCGAGGACAGUCAGCUCAGGACAUGCCUGAAGUCGAAGAUGGAGCUGCAGAACUGGACAUGCCUGAAGCUAAAGUUGAAGCUGCCAAAGACAUGCCUGAAGUAAAAAAUGGAGCUGCAAAAAUGGAGGACAUGCCUGAAGCUAAAGUUGAAGCUGCCAAAGAAGGCGAGCCAUCAGAAACAGAGGAGCGCCACGAGCAACCAUCUGAUGGCAUCUCUGAAGCUAAAGAAGAAGGUCCUGCAGUGGCCCAGGAGGCUGAGGCUACCACCAUGCCUAGAACGGCAUGAGGGGCAACGCUUUGCGCCCGCCGCUCUGUAGAGACCGUGUUCCACCCGUAUGACCAUGACUAUAUCCGUUGUAGUAGCAUUUUGCGGGAGCGCAUCGACGAGAGACCGUCGAGCUCCCUGACCCCCGAACUUGCCGCUCAGCAGGUGUUCGAGCGCCUGUAGGGCGGGCUGGGGAGGGGAACCGGAGGCGCUCCGUGAGAACCUUGGUUGUGGAGCGCCGCUUGGUAGUUGUCUAUCUGUGGGCUGUGGAAGACUGGAUGAACAGCCAUAAUUAUUUUGGUGGUGUUUUUAGUAGUGCUGACAGCAGGGUUGCUGUAUACUUAACCUUGUAAGCUGGGACUUGCAUAUCAACCUCCAGUGACCGUAUUAAUUAAUGUUGGUUUAUUAUU